CCGCCGUCUUUCAGCAGCUCCGCCUCUAUCCGUAAAACUACAAAUCCAAACAGCUGUGUCGCUCUCACCGAUACGCGGUCUAUUACUCUCACCGUUCCGAGCCGGCUUUCUGAUGAAGUUAUUCUUGCACGGUUUAUGAAGGGGUAUUUUGGGGGGUGGGUGUUUACGCCAGAGAGGAGUGUUCUUCGAGUGUGGAGGCCGGAUAUUGUGAGGUUUUCUAGUAUGUUGGAGUCACGUUUCAAUUCUCUCGACCUUCUCUACUGCAUAUUCGUGCCUUCUAUGGAACAUAUCGGUUUAAAAUCCUACCCAGUUCCGCUACGGAUAUGGUCUGCGUCAGAAUUAUCAGAAGACAGAUUACUCCCGAUGCAUACGAUGCUCUUCGGAGUUUUCCAAGUCAUCGAUAAGAAGCUGGAGAUACAAUCCGACGACAACAGAACGCACAGUUACAUCGACGUAGCUUUUGGCUCCGAUACGAGUUCCUUCGCGGGCGUCCAUAGGUUCUCGGUAUACCGUCCCACACACCUACCCACUAGCCCGGCCACCGGAGCAGGAACAACGGAGAUCGAAAUUGAGUACCCAAGCACAGCUUGCAACCCUAUACGAGACCAGAGUUUGACCGGGGUCUUGGUUCCUUUUCAUAGGUUUUAUGCAAUGAUUUUGUUUAGAGAG